AUCUUCUUCUUAUAUAAUUUUAUCAUUAAUUUUAAUUACUCAAAUUGCUUUAUUAAUACUUGAAUCUGCUGUUGCAAUUAUUCAAUCCUAUGUAUUCGCAGUUUUAAGAACUCUUUAUUCUAGUGAAGUAAACUAAUGUCAACACAUGCCAAUCAUCCCUUUCAUUUAGUAGAUUAUAGUCCUUGACCUUUAACAGGAGCAAUUGGAGCUAUAACUACAAUAACUGGAUUAAUUCAAUGAUUUCAUCAAUAUAAUAUUUCACUAUUUUUAUUAGGUAACUUAAUUACUCUCUUAACUAUAUAUCAAUGAUGACGAGACAUUUCACGAGAAGGUACUUUUCAAGGAUUACACACUUUAAUUGUAACCCUAGGACUUCGCUGAGGAAUAAUUUUAUUUAUUAUUUCAGAAAUUUUCUUUUUUAUUUCUUUUUUUUGAGCUUUUUUUCAUAGUAGAUUAUCCCCUACUAUUGAAUUAGGUAUAAUUUGACCUCCAAUUGGAAUUAUUUCAUUUAAUCCAUUUCAUAUUCCUUUAUUAAAUACUGCAAUUUUAUUAGCUUCAGGAGUAACAGUAACUUGAGCUCAUCACAGCCUAAUAGAAAAAAAUCAUACACAAACAACACAAAGUUUAUUUUUUACAAUUUUAUUAGGAAUUUAUUUUUCAAUCCUUCAAGCCUAUGAAUAUAUAGAAUCUCCUUUUACUAUCGCAGAUAACAUCUAUGGAUCAACUUUUUUUAUAGCUACAGGAUUUCAUGGACUUCACGUAUUAAUUGGAACUACAUUUUUAUUAAUUUGUUUUUUUCGUCAUAUUAAUAAUCAUUUUUCCCAUAUUCAUCACUUUGGAUUUGAAGCUGCUGCUUGAUAUUGACAUUUUGUUGAUGUAGUUUGAUUAUUUUUAUAUAUUUCAAUUUAUUGAUGAGGAGGAUA